AUGCUUUUUGAUGGCGCGAACGAUGGAUAUUAUCCAUCUCAUCGGUAUCAACACCAACGUCAUCAUCAUAGACAUGCAAGUCAGCGAUCAAGACGGACCCACGAGCGGGAUGAAGACUACUGUCCAGGUUGUGACUCCGCGCACCAUCGCCCACGGAACGCAGAAAAUUUCACACCUCUGCCCUCGCACAGCAGCUCGGAUAUUCGUGGGAAACAGGCAUCAUAUGAUCCAGAGCCAUCAGAAUCUGGCGAUAAUUCUUCAUUUUGCGCCAGGCAUAUAUCUAGGACCGCACGAUACUCAUCAAGCCAGCAAGAUCGCCCCCAUAGCUACCAUGAUCGUUAUGGCCGACACCCGGUCAGACGACAUUCUCGCUCAGAACGCAGUAGAUCAAGAAGUCAUUCUUCGGAUUAUCACCCUUACAAUCCCAGAGAACUGCGAGCCAAUCCUUCAGGGUGGCCUCGAUGCCGCCACCGACAAAACCACCGAAAACACGACCGCAAUCUUUCGCUAAAUUCCGAGUUAACAGGAACCAAUUGUCAUUGCCCCAAGUGUAGUCGUUGGAGCCAACCCACCCGUCCAAACGCUCAGGAUGCACGCGAUCAUAGAUCCUGUGAAGAAUGCAAUUUGAUGCUAGAAACCGGCCCCGAAGUACCCAGGGAACUUUCCAGGUACCGGGGAAGGGUGUUGACCACCCACGACUACUGCCCUGAAUGUGACGAGAAUGAAAAGUAUGAAGAACGGGAUGUUAGGCACGAUCAGACGUAUAAUUGCAGUCACCCUGGCAAUCCACGAAAUGAACACGAUACAUAUUCACGCAAUGGAACGAACCGAGAAGAAAAAGUUGCAUACGGGACUACCAUACAAUCGACUUCCCAGGGCGUGCCGUCAAUCGUAUUGAAUGUGAACCCACCGUCAUGGGGUAACGAGCAUUCGACCUGCAAAUCCUGCGAUAAUCAACUCGACGUCGCUAAUAACGGUUGUUACGUGAUCUCAGACGGUCAAAAAGUCCCACAUUAUUGUAGAGGACCUCGAACUCGAGCGCCUAAUGUUCGCACUUGGGAGGAGAGCCGUAAUUGCAGCGGCAAUUGUAACCAUGUCCCAGGAGAAUCCCCUCCAACUGGAGUGCAGGACCAUAGCUCGGUCAGGUUAAAUGGCAAUCAGUCCAGCUGGCCCAAUCAUGGAAUACAUAAUGGAGGUCAAGGAGGUGAUCAGGAUGGUCGAAAACGAACGACUGGUGAACCGGGAUGGGACAAUGACUCGAAUGGAUCGAGAAAUGAAGGGCCUGGUAACAACGGAUCGGGGAACUGGGACAAGAGUAGCUUGGGCCCGCAGGAUUGCAACAACAAUAGCGAUAACCGAUCCAAUAAUGACAUGGGAGACGACUGGGCCAAUGUCGGCAACAGAAACACCCAUGAACAGCCAGAUUGGAAUAACAACGAAAGCCAGAAAAGUUGGGGUGGCGAUAACAACGGUAGUACGAAUGAAAGCCGGUGGGACUCUGGAAAUGUCGAGAAUCCGAACAAUGAAUCUCACCAGCAAGUUAAUUGGGACAACGACAACCAAUACAAUGGACAAGCCCAAGACCAUAAUAAUUGGGGGAACAGCGAUAGCAACGAUAAUGGGAAUGGUGGACACGAGAGCGGCGCGAAUCACGAGUGGCACCCAGGAGGAAGCUGGGAAGAUAAAAAUAAUAACAGCAGGAAUCCUCCUGAAAUCCAGGCUGCUUCAAAUAAUGAUCAAGUGGACCCUCAGCCUGUUCCACAGCAAGGGUCCCAGCAAGCGGCUCAGCAAGGCCCCUGGAUACCAAUACAGCCUUAUCGUUUCGUGGCACCGAAUCGGCAGUCCCUUUGCGCAUCCCAAGUGUACUAUAACCAGCAAGAUGACGAGCCACCGCUAUAUACCGUUCCAGAAGCAAUUGCCCAAGCCAAAUCGUUGUCACACCAGGUACAGCUAGGGCGAGCGCAGGAUUACAGGCACAAACUGCGGGUCCCCGAAUAUUUGGAUACGAUGGACGAACCGUAUGCCAAAUUUGUGUUUAAGUAUCGGAUGCAAGAGACUAUUGAACAAAAGUUCAAUGUGAAAGUCGAACGCGAUCCAGAGGUGGAACGAAAGAAAUUAGAAAUGUUGCCUAAAUCUGACAUUGUCACCCAGCUUCUUCAAGCACAGGGACUCAUAAGUAAUCAGCCCACUUUAAACCCGGUUGCUCCCGAUCAACCAGAACAGUCAAGUGCAGAGUUCGUACAGUAUGGUACCAAUGUCGGAAACCUAGGGAGCCAAAACUCCCGGGGAGAUUGGCCUUUGGAUAGCAAUUUUAUGCCUCCACCAGCUCCGAUACCUGGAGCUCCGGGCCCCAGCGUAUUAUCGCCUCCAGCUAAUUUACCCGAUUUGAACAACUUCAGCAUUGACGGGACUAACAGCAAUGGUGUUCCACUUCCAUUACAAGGUAUUUUCAUGUGGCGUCAUCCGUCAUAUGGAUAUCGUUGCGAGCCGGUCAUGAGAUUCCAAUCACAGGAUGAAAAAACUAGCACGGACAGCCGAGGCCAUAGUCGAAAGCCUUCCGUACGUUCAGGAAGCACCAAGAACAGCAUCAAUAGCGGAAAGAGCAGUAGCCGGCUUACAAGCUCCGGAAACGCCACGAGGAAUAGGGAGGACUCCGACCAAACGAGGGGUCACGGUAAUGGGGAUCCGUUUCAAAGUCGUCAUUCUGGUUGCAACAGUAAUACCGCAGGGGGCGCCUCAAAUACCGGAGAUUCCUCCCAGAGCGGUAGGGUCGUCAGCGGUUCCUCAACUGGUAGCGGAGAUCCGUUUCAAAGCCGUCACGCAAAUGGAAACGGCAACAGCAAUACGGCUGACAAAGCUAGGUCUGGAGAUCCAUUCCAAAGCAAGCACAGUCAAGGUACCAAUCGGGGUGGCAGCGGAUUGUCUUCAAGAGGCGCAGAUCCAUUUCAAAGCCGCCAUACUAGGGAAAACGGCAAUCCCCAUAAGGGUGGAGAUCCAUUCCGGAGCAUACAUACCCAGAGCAACAGCUCUGGCGCAAGAAACGAGGGAGAUAGAUUUCAAAAUGGAAAUAAUCCGAGGGAUCGCAGCAGCUCAUACUCAGAUAGGCAGAGGAACAGUUUAGGAGGGUAUUCGGCGUGGAAUGCCACUAGGUAUCAGGGCAAGCAAAGCAGUCAUGACUGGAAGCAGGAUGAGGCAAGCGGAGUUGACUGGUAG